ACACACACACACACACACACAUACACGCGGAGUAUAUCACUUCACGGACUUUGAUUCUUUUCCGGAGGAUCGAGACCACCGGAGCCGGAAGCUGGCAAGUAAGGUGUUCCCGAUAUGAAGCUGUACCGUUGCAUCCUUUGCUUGGUCGUUGUGCUAUUCGUCUCUGUUUGGCACGCCCAUAGUCAGGACUCUGAAGAGCGAUCGCUAGCGAACGUGGCCAAACUACAGGCCCAAGGCAAACCGCCGGAGGCGAUAAGCAUCGGCUUAUUGGGCGCAUAUGGCGAUGGCAGUAAUCAAUUCCUGCUGAAGCAGAGUGAGGAAUCGUCACGCCGGCUCUCACCAAAGAUGAACUACGAGCUGGAGGGUGAAAACAUGCUAGCAUGGUUGGGCAACGUACCGGUCCAGCCUACCGGUGAAAUGAAGCGCAGUUGGAACAGGAUGAAUGCUGUCUGGGGCAAGCGAGUCAACGGUGGUCGUCGCAAUGCCGGUUGGACCAAAUUUGGCGGAUCCUGGGGCAAACGUGAACCGGGUUGGAACAAUCUCAAGGGUUUAUGGGGGAAGCGCGCUGAGAAGUGGGACAAGCUAGCCUCGGCUUGGGGCAAACGACAAGAAGUUAGCGAAUCCUUUUAAUAAAGCCCUAGGUUAUUAUUUUCGGUUUGCUCGUUUGCUAGCCCUUUUCAAUACACCGUUAGGGGCUGCUUUCUAUACAUUAUAUUCAGUCAGAGCAAAAAGGAGUUUGCAGCUGCAUCACUUGCAAUACAAAACAUAAAAUUCCCAUGCUUCA